CCUUAUAUAAGUGGCUACAUGUUCUUGUAUCCCCACCUUCUUCUUUAAUCUCUCUCUCUCUGGGUUAAGACAUGGAUAGAGCUCACAGGUCAUUGCUGCUCAUAGUCUUCUGCUUCCUUGUUGUGUUUGAGAUAGCUGUUUAUACUGGAGGGCGAUUGACAGUUCAAGGAAUUGAUUGUCCUGGGAAGUGCAACUACAGAUGCAGCAAGGCGUCAAGGAAUAAGAUGUGCAUAAGGGCGUGCAACACAUGCUGCAACCGCUGUGGCUGUGUGCCACCAGGGACUUCUGGAAACUAUGAUACGUGCGCUUGCUAUGCCCACAUGACCACCCAUGGUGGUAGACACAAGUGCCCCUGAGCAUACAACAA